GCUCAGUUGCCAGACAGCGACUGUGCGAUUCAGAUGUUAGAGAAUCUUGUCUCUCUUCUGAAGAGCAUUUGUACCCCAUGGCUAAGCCUCAGCUCCAACCCUUGGGCUAUGGAUAUGAUCCUUGCCUUUGUGGGUGGACUGGGGAUCUACCUCGUGUUACUGCCCUUCCUACCGGAUAAGCCAUCGGUACCAACACCAACACCUACGGAGAAGAAACGUUCUAGAAGGUACCACAUGGUGAAGAAGGACUGGAGUAGGAUCCGAAAAAGGAGCUGCCCUCCGAGAGCUCGCAGAUAUUUCUGGGAGGAAGGAGAAGAGAUUAAUGACCUGGAUUCACUUCUGCACAGCCACCUGGGGAAUCCCCUACAGGGUAGCAGACUCAAUCAAUUCUCAAGAGAAGAUGCCCGUGGUGAGAAGUUCCAACCGUUAUCUGCUAGAGCUGACCGAGCAAGUAGGCAGCCUUUGGAGGACAUGUUUGUCACCGCUUCAUCCUCACUGGUUUCCCAGAUUCCUUCAGUUGAGCACCUCCCAUUUCCGACCUCUACCUUGUCAUCUGGUCUGAAGACAUUGCCAGUUUCUCUGGGGUCACAGUCCCCCGUGAGGGCCUCUUCACCACCAGAGCCUUCAGGUCCUCUAAGAUGUCCGUCACCCCAGCCAUUUUCACUUUCCUCUUCCCCAUUGCAUUCUCCUGGCCCCAUGGCCUCCCCACCACCUCUGCCAGACCCCGGCCUGGCUCUUCCUCAGCAGGAUUCAUCCCUCCUCCCACUGGGGACCAUCCCAAGAAGCUCCUCUCCACCCAACCAGUGCUCAUUGCCUUCUCCUGUCCCAGCAAUUUCAAUUCUUGGUCACUCAGUCUGUGCCAUCUCAGCCCUUCCCCAGUGUCAGGAGCCUCCCACAGCUGUGUCCCACUCCAGCUUAUCCAACAGUGAAGCCCAAGGAGGUCAUUUUAUCUGCCAAUCGCCAGUGGCCUCAUUCUUGGCAGACAACACCUUCACACAGGUGGAGAAUGGUAGUUCUCAUUUCCUCAAUCCUGAUGUCCAGGAGGUGCUAGAAAUACUCAUCACCAAGAAAGUGGAACUGAAGAUCUCUAAGAUGACUAAAGAGAAUGGGCAAGACAGACCUUUGUAUUCUUUGGGGAAUAUAUUAAAGUCCCUGGGCAAAGAACAGGACCCUAUCAUGUCACAACCUUUCUGGAAAACAAAAGAAGAAGCAGAGUAUUUUCCUGCUUUGCCACAGCUCCCCUAUGUGAAGAUCUUUGGGGAUCAUGUGCAACAUACAGGGAGCCAGUUUUUCUGGGGCCUCCCAGUUCUACACAGUGAGUCCCUGGUGGAAAACACCAGAGUGACUGACGCCUCAGUGCAGUUUUCUACCAUGUUAUUCAAUGGACUCUGUAAUUAUGUCCCAGCACAAAUUCAGUCCAAUGUUUCUCCACAACUCUAUCCCCCUCGGCCCCAGGGCCACCAUUUGGCCCUGCCCCACACAUUUACUCAAGCUCUGCCUCCAUCCCAAACCCCAUCUGUGUCUCAGAUACAGACCCAGGAGCAUGCUCCAUCUCUCCCAAUUGUUCCUUGCCAUUCACCUCAAGCCAGGACGUGGGAAGUGUCUAGUCUUAAGGGUCAGAACGGAAAGCAAUAUCCUGUUUCACAUACUGUUCAAUACCUAGGACGUGAAUAUUUGAAGCAGCCAGAGGAAAAGAGAGGGUUUCCUCCUGUAGUUAAAAGAUCUCAGAAAGUCUUUAGCCAGCCUGCUGACAAACAUGAGGUCAUCCAGAAAACCAAGUCCUCUGGCAAGCUCCCAGUGGAUGUUAUCUACUUUACGAUUCGUGAACAACUCGAGGAGCAUCUUCAAGUAAGAUUGAUGUGUGGGCUGCCCCAGAAGGUUCACCUACCUCUGAACAAGGAAAAAGACCCAGGAAACAGGCAGGCAAAGGAAAAUUGUGGGCCUUCCCAGACUUCAGUGAUUUCAGACAAAAGCAGUCAGGUCAUACAAAAGACCAUGUCAGAGUGUCCAGAAAUAUCCCAGACAGGGAAACACUCAAGCAAUGACCUGGAGAAGACCCCAAAAGACUUAUUCAUGGGUCUAGAAAUGUCUGUGGUGAAUGAACUAGACUCAAUCUGUGACUCAGCAUCACCAAGGAAAGUGUUGAGACUCCUAAGAAGUGAUUCAGGAAAUGAUCCAGCCAUCAGUCCAGGUAAGAAAAACCUAGAAGACAAUGAGAGCAUCUAUCCAAGUGGGAAGGUUGAGCAGACAGGGGAAGGAAUCACUGUGGAUAAUGGUCAUUCCACACUCACUGUUGAUCAUGCCUGUGAACAUCCUGGGAACUCAAAUGUCCCCAUGGAAACUGGGGAUGAGCCAUCUUUGCAGGGUCAGGAGUAUGGCAAGAAUGCUCAGGACCUCUCUAUCCUCGAUGCUGGGACUAGGCAGAUGCUGGAAGCACAUCUCAAAAGGCUCUGUGUGAGACACAGGUGGAGCCUAGCUUUCAAAGUCAUCAGGGUUAUUUUGAGACUGAAAACCAGUCACAUUUCAUUGCUUCCACAGCCUGCCUCUUCCUCCUCAGCCUCCCAAAACUCCAAGCCUGACUCCACCCACCAAGAUAUAAAAUUGUACGGAGAACCAUCUGAGAAUAUUCCAGGAGAGAACAUGAAAACAGCUAUGUCAGUUCUCAAAAUGCAGGGUCCUGUCACUGGUCAUUCAUUCAAAUCCUGUAUGAUGAGUCUACCUGGUGAUGACCAUGAGCCCUCAGAAGCUGUACUAACUGGACAAGAGACCAGCCUGACUGCUCAGCCCCAUAUAUACUGCCCUGAGAGCAGAGUCCAGCAUCCUGAUACUGUCUCAGUGCCAGGGAGAGGCAGCAUUGGUUCAAGUCCAGUAUCAGUAAUGGACAAAUAUCAGCCUCAGGAGAGAGGAGGUGUGGUCUCAAGUGACACUUCCCAUCAAGUGUUGACAGGGGAGAAGAAUGCAGGAUCUCCAUGUUCAAGGGACAGAGACAUCCAGAAGACUAUGGAGACAGAGGUGAAGAAAUCAGUGGAGUGGGCAGUUACCAAGGAAGCCAGCAUGAUGUCACCCUCCCAAAAUCUUAAUGUGAGUCCAAGAAUUUUAAAGUCUCCGGGACUCAAUAAAAGCCUCCCCUCGCCCAAAAUUUGUACUUUGCAGGAGACAGAGGUCUCGUCCUUGGGCAUCCAGGCAAUUUCAAAAAAGAAGGAUCAGGAUUUACCCACCAGAGUCCUUCUGCAAGACUUUGCCACUGGCGAGGUUCUUCAAGACUCUGCCUCAGAGAUACCUCUUACCAAAGACAUUCUGGCUUCUCAGGCUCGUCUGCCCAACACUCGAGGAGUGUCCAAUAGCAGCACAUCGCCUUCCCAAGGAAUAGUCAGUCUCUUAAUGCAAGACAGAAUUAGCCAGGGUCAAAAGGAGCCCGGGAUCUCAAAACUCCAGGAUCCAGUGGAGAUCAAGAGUAACACGUUUGAUUCACCUGAGAGUGGAGGGGGCUUUGUGAGCCCCAGUAAAAUGAUCACUAGUCACCCAUCACCUUCCCGAGGGCUAAGUGACCACUCAGGGAGGGACACGGUGGGCCAGGAACAGAAGGAGCCCAGGGUGCCCAAAUCCCAGGAGCCCAGGAUGAGCAAGAGCCAUGUGUCUGCUCCACCUGAGAAGAAAGGGAGCUUUGAGAGGCCCAAACCAGGAGGGAAGGAAACGCAAAGUGCAGGAAGAAAGGAGGUUGGAAGGCUGAUGCCCCCUCCUCAGAUCAGGGAGGUAAGAGGCAUUGCAGGACGCAAACUCCAGUCAGAGAAGAAAAUGUUACCUUCAGAAGUCACCAUUGGGACCCGAGUCUGGAACUUUCUGCAGAACAUACUGCCCUCAAAAGACAAAGGGGAGGCAGAGCCCCUGCAGAAAGCCAAGCCCCGAGCAGCUGUGACCCAAAGUCAAGGUUUAGGUACCAAAGACAGGGUCUUUAGGGACACAGGCACUGUGGAAGCCCACGUGCUCAUGAGUACUGUUGGACGGAUCGUAAAGGAGAAAAUGAAGCAACACUAUGAAUUUUCUGCCUCAAAAGAAAACUUGCAGAAAAGGGGACCACAGGGAGAUAGGUGGUCCUCCUGCCACAAGAAUGCUUCCUAUCCACAGCAAAAGAGAAUCGUCAGCAACAUGGCCUGUGGUCCGCAGGCCAGGCCCCAGCGCCCCAGCCAUGUGAUGAAUGGAAGCUUGAUCAGAGACAAGGCAAACAAUCCUGCCUUCCCUCCCAGGGAGCCUGGGCCCCUACCUGGUCACUUCCACAGGAGGCCCAUGGGGGCUGGAGCCUCAGAGCCCCCUGUUCACUGCUCCAGGCACUAUGCCCUUCAGAGAACUGUGUUCCCCAAUCAAUCACAUAAUGCUUCCCACAUCCGUCCUGGGGAAAAAUCUUUGCUGAGCAAACCUGCUCUGUCUCAUACAGGCAGGUCUGGUAUGGGCUAAGGUCAUCUUUCUACAGAGAUGUCUGUGGAAUCCCAAUAAAUGACUUUUUCUCAUCAGA